AGUUCACUUAAAUGCAGCUGCAGUACUUUUGUGUGAUACCUGUCAGAAUCAUUCCCAGAGCGAGGUUGGGUUUGUGACCAUGAUGUCAAGAUUGGUCUUUCUCCUUUUCUGUGGAUAUAUUGCACUAAACGCAGGAAAUGCUCAGAAAUUGCCAAGAGUGAAAAGGCAGAGUCUGAAAGUUCAGAUCAAUGCAACAGAUGACACCGUUUGUAUGAGGUAUCUUCGACCAAGUCAAAACACCAAACUAGAAGGUUUUGUCCUGGGUUAUGGAAGCAACUUCUUCUCUAAUCAGUACAUUCCUUUACCUUCAGAAGGAAAAAGCUCCAUAACAGAACUCGAUGCAGAGCCACGGUAUUUGGUUUCAGUGAGACCAGCACGUGUUUCAAAUAACAAGAAAUCUUGCUCAGGUCGGACCAAGACUCAAAAGCCUCUGCAGCUGGUAGUUGGCACUCUCACCCCAACCUCUGUGUUCCUCUCUUGGGGCAUCCUAGUCAACCCUCAACAUGACUGGACAGCAACAAGUAACUGUGCUAGCGACAGGUUCUAUACAGUUCGCUACAGAGAAAAGGGUAAAGACAAGAAAUGGGUUUUUCAGCUUUGCCCAGUUACUGAGACGGUGGUGGACAAUCUGAAGCCAAACACACUUUAUGAGUUUGGAGUUAAAGACAACGUAGAGGAUAGUAUUUGGAGCAAGACGUUCAAUCAUAAGACAGUUCUGUCUAAUAAAAAAGUAAACGGACAACUCCAGAAUAUGUACAAGUUGGUACCUAAUGCCCAAACACAGCUUACGCUGCGUGAUAAUAAGAAGUUGAUCCCUGUCACAAUAAUCAAACAAGUUAUUCAAAAUCGGACGCAGUCAAAAACUUCAGAUAGUUCUUCUCUGCCAGGAGCAAUAUUAGUGCACCUUAUAGUUCCAGGUCUCAAUGAAACUCAGCAGAAACUUCCUCCUCUCCUGACAAUAGAUGACAUACCUCAAGCAUCCAGGAAAAAAAUGGCUAAGAAUGAAACUCGAGUGUGGCCUGCUGAAUCCAAAACACCAGAAGUUCAAGAAAUCUCCCCACAGUCCCUCCCAGCUCAGGCUGAGAAAAAACAUGGAACUGAGGAAUUUAAAUCAACGCCUAAACCCGAAUUGGUACAAACUCAAAAUAUACUGGCUUCUAAUGAAAUACAGCCAUUUCCUUCUGGAUCCAGAAUCUCUGAGGCUCCAAAAAGUCCAUUGACAGAACCUGCUACUCAGAGUCCAGCCUUGAAAACCAUAUCUCUACCUUCUGCAGAAACCAGACAGAUGGAGAUGGCUUUUGAGGAAACACAGCCUGUUUCUUCAGGAUCCAAAACAUCUGGUACCACAGAAGUGCAACCAACCAGAUCUGGUGACAGGAAGCCUCUUUCUUCAAGAUCCAAAACAUCUGGCAUGCCAGAAAUGCCACCAAUCUCAGCUGCAAGCCAGAGACCGGACCUGGAAUCCACCUCAUCUGCUUCAGCAGAAACCACAAGGACUGUGAUGGCUACUCGAAGACCGAGGCCGAAGUCCACCACCCCUUCUUCCCUGGCAACCCAGCAAACCGUGAUGGCCUCACAUGACUUUCUUCAUGUUACUUCCACUCCCCAAAAAUCUACGUCUGCAAAAAUGUCAGAGCGAGAGACUGCUGCUGAUGAAACACAGAUUAUUUCUUCAGGAUCCACAAUGUUUGCUAUUCCAGAAAUGCCAUCAACAAAAUAUGCUACCCAGGGACCAGACCUGAAAUUCACAUCUCAACCCUCCAUGGAAACCAGAGGGAGUGUGAUAGCUUUUGAUGAAAAGCAGCACAUUUCUUCAAGAUUUGAAACAUCUGUCAGCCAAGAAAUGCCAUCAGCUGUACCUGCUCUCCCAAGACCAGUCCUGGAGCCCUCAUCUUUUCCUUCUCUGGAAACCACGAGGACAGUGAUGGCAAGCCAGAGACCGGACCUGGAAUCCACCUCAUCUGCUUCAGCAGAAACCACAAGGACUGUGAUGGCUACUCGAAGACCGAGGCCGAAGUCCACCACCCCUUCUUCCCCGGCAACCCAGCAAACCGUGAUGGCUUCACUGGACUCUCAUCAUAUUACUUUCCCGUCCCAAACAUCUGCAUCUGCAGAAAUAUCAAAAAUCGAGACUGCUUUCAGUGGUAUUCAGCCUGUUCUUUCAAGCCCUGUGACACCUAGUAAACCUGAAAUAGCAGAUGCUGAACCAGCAACAAGUGAAUCCAUUCUGGAAUCUUUCACAUCUAAAACUUCUCAUCCUUUUCAAUGGCCAAGGGUAACAUUAGCUCCAAAAGAAAUACCACUUAUUCCUUCUAAACUGAAACCAUCUGCUACCCCAGAAGUACAGCAUGUGAAACCUGCCCCUAAACCACCACUUUUGGAGCCUAAAACUUCUCAGACUGUUGAACAACCAAAAGCAACACUAGCUCCUAAAGAAGCAAAACUCAUACCUUCUGCACCUAAAGCUAGACCAUCUGCCAGACCCAAAAAGCCACGAACUAAACCUGCAGCAACCAUUCCAGUUUCAGUCACUACUAGGAGUCCCUACGCAUAUGAACAUCCAAAGACUACAGAGGUCUUGGAACCUAUUACACUUAGAAUUGAACCACCAAGGUCAACGAUGGCUCCAAAGGAGACGCGGCGUAUUCCUUCUAAACCUAAAACUUCACCCAAACCUCAUAUGCCACAAGUCAAAGAUGUCCUGGAAUCUAUAACACUUAAAACUGAUCAACUAAAGCCAACAAUAGUUCCAAAAGAAACACAGCGUGUUCCCUCCAAACCUAGAACAUCACCAAGAUCAGAGGUGCCACAAACCAAACCUGUUCUGGAACCAAUCACUUUUAGAACUGAGAAACCAAAGUCAACAGUAGCUCCUAAAGAUACAUAUCAUGGGCCUUACAAACCUAAAACAUCACCCAGUCCACGUGUUCCUCCGACUAGAGCAAGUCCAAAAGAAAGUCGGCGAGUCUCUCCCAAGCCCAGAGCAUCACCAAGUCCAGAUGUACCACACACAAAACCUGCUCCUAAAGAACCACAAUAUACUCCCUUUAAACCUAAAGCACCUCCCAUCCCAGAUGCUCCAUACAGCAAGCCUGAAAUCAUUCCAACCUUCCACGAACCAGAUACUACUAUGAUUCCUCAUAUUCCUGAAAGAACAAAGGCAACAUUGGCUCCAACUGAAAAACAUUUCAUUCACACCAAACCAAAAACAUCUGAAAAACAAAGAGUGCCACACACCAAACCUGCAAUACCUCAGACAACUCCACAACCAAUUAUUACAAAAUCUUCUACUAUCACUGAGCAUUGGGCAACAAUGGCUCCAAAAGAAACACUGCUCAUUCCUUCCAAACCCAAAACAUCUGUUGGGCCAGAAGUACCACAGACUAAACCUGCUCCAAGGGCAACACACCUGGGAUCAAUUAACCUUAUAACAGUUCAUGUUGUUGAUGGGUCCAAAAUGACUUUGGUUCCCAAUGAAACGUACCAGAUUUCACCCAAGCUCAAAACUGCUCUGGCAACUGAAAUUCCACAAUUCAAUACAGCACCUCAUAAAACACGUCUCACUUCUGCAAGACCAAAGCCAUCUGAUAAAUCACAGACCAGACCUGCUUUUAGUAAAACCACACUAGCACCAGCUAGAACAAAAGCACCUGGACUGCCAAAGUGGAUUGUGCCAACAACAGAUGAAGUAUAUACACCUGAGGAUAUUGCCGGACAAAUUAGCAUGGAAGUGGAAAAGUCUUUGGAAUAUGGUGAUACCUGGGAAAAGCCAUUUUCUGUAACUACAUCACCUGGCCCUCAGCAUCCUCCUCUACCUCCUGUCAAGCCUACACAAAUGCGAAGAAAACCUCUGCCUCCAAACACCGUGACUGGUAAACCAGGGAGUCCAGUGAAUGCCUUGUUGCCACAAGUUCCUCCUUCUGUCAUUAUAGCUAAACCUGCUGGACCAACAACACCCGUGAGGACAGGAACAUCAUAUAAGACACCAACAGCUUUUGCAACUCCAGAGUAUUAUGUUGAUGCAACCAUCUUCAGCUCAAGUCCUACAUCAGAAACAGAUUCUUCAGGCAAACCAAGGUACCAAGCACCCCAUGUCAAAUACAUGAAGAAAGAUGAUGAUGUGCCAUGCUCUAUCACAAGCUCUCUUGAACAUUUUCCUCAAGAAGAAGCUGGCAGCAAGGAAGAACCUACUCGUCCUCCACAAAAUCCUCCAACCAACCUCACUGUGGUGACUGUUGAGGGCUGUCCAACUUUCGUCAUAUUGGACUGGGAAAAACCAGACAAUGACACUGUUACUGAGUAUGAGGUUGUGUCAACUGAAAAUGGAGCAAGCGAUGGUGAAAAGGAGAAAUCGAUUAUCACUACAAAUCAGACCCAUUCUACUGUGGAAAACCUAAAACCUGACACAAGUUAUGAAUUCCAUGUGAAACCCAGAAAUCCUCUUGGUGAAGGCCCGAGUAGCAAUGUUGUGACAUUCAGUACUGAAUCAGCGGACCCAAGAGUGAGCGAGCCAAUUUCAAUGGGAAAGGACGCUAUCUGGACCGAAAUCCCAUUCAAUUCAGACACCUAUUCAGAAUGCAAAGGGAAACAAUAUGUAAAGAGGACUUGGUAUAAGAAGUUCGUAGGCGUGCAGCUGUGUAAUUCGUUGAGAUACAAGAUAUACCUCAGUGAUUCACUUACAGGAAAAUUUUAUAACAUAGGAGACCAGAGGGGCCAUGGAGAAGAUCACUGCCAAUUUGUAGACUCAUUCUUAGACGGAAGGACAGGACAGCAAGAAGAUCUACCAGUCAAAGAUGGAUUUUUCAGGGCGGUUCGUCAGGAACCUGUCAAAUUUGGAAAAAUAGGCGGGGAGACUCACAUUAAUUACGUUCGCUGGUAUGAGUGCGGAACAUCGAUACCUGGGAAAUGGUAGAGCCGACAUGAACUUGGUGAAAAGGCCCAGCACUUACCAACCCCCCCACACACACCCGCCCCCGACCGCCCCACGCAGGCUCAAAGAUGGAAAUGUUUAUGGUCUGCCUGGCACUUCAGUUCGCUGAUGUGCAAAGGUUUAUAGAAGUCUAAUGCCGAUACCGCAUUAAUUGUGUAAUAGUGUAGACUGCUUACUGUAGCUAUCCAGUUUUACAAAUUUGUUUUUAGAUUAAAAGGUAAAAAUAAAAAUCCCCAACAGGCUAGGGACGUGUUGUAGGAUAAUGUAUAGGGAAGCUGGCUCCCUAUUCUUGAGGUAUGGUUUAUAUGGUAUUUUAAAAGAUAACGGUGUGUAUAUUAUUUAUCACAAUGUUGUAAUAAAUGUUUAAGGCACAGUUACGGCAGAGUUGGUCGUGGAAUGCAACGUGCAUUAGUUUUUAAUAUUCACUGGUCUUCUUAUAAUGUAAGUGCCAUAAGCUACCUGUCCACAUAGACCUGCAACGUCUCCCCAGUCAUAAAUUAUAUCCUGCAACCAGUAAACUUGAAGCGCUUUCUCCUCACACGUACAGUUUAUACUCCUGCCAAAAUGCCGAGGUAGGUUGCUAUAUGUGCAGCUUUAAACCAUCAAGUUAGUGUGGUUUUUUUCCAUGUUUGUUUUCAAAUGCUUCACCUCCAGCACAAAAGUAUGUUCAGCCUCUUGCUCUGGAGUUAGAGCCGCUGCCCCCGAGCUCGGCAGCGGCUGGCAGCUGGGUUUGGUGUCCUCCAAGUGAGGCAGAGCCGUACACGCGUACAUGGAAUUAAAAACCAGAAUUGGCCUCCAUGGCAGCGGCUGUUCAUGAAAACGUAGUUUUCAGACUGAGACUGACUGGUUCAAAAGCCAAAUGUAGGUACAGCGCAGGGGGACUUGGAAAGAUAAAUGAAACCGGAAAAAAAAAUAAGCUAGUUGCAACAGCAUAAUCAGGUUUAUUUUAUUUAAAUAAAAAAAAAAGGUGGGUUAAAACAUUGGGGAAGUAGUGAUAACUGAACUUUAAAACUGCUUUAUAGUAAUUUUGAUUAAAACCUCUCCCAAAGCUACUUGUUGUACUGCUUGAACAUUUAUGAACUAAAUAAAGAGAUGUAGGUUUUUUUUAAAGGUGUUAUUCAUUACAUUACUAAUGUAUUGAAAAAAUAUGAACAGGAACACCCAGAUAUAUAUAUAGUAGAAAUAGUCAUUUAUAGAAAAUGCCUUAUAAAGUACA